AGCUGUUAUGUGAUCACCUUUUUUAGUUUUUUAGUUUUUCAUGGUUUUUUUUAUUUUUUUAACAGACCCUGUUUCUGGUCAGGCGCACCGGAAAUGUCACCGGAAAUGUUCCGGCCGAUGGCAAUGGCAAUAACUGUGGAAAAACUCUCUUCUCUGGGAUUCCUAGUCCACAUCUGACCUGGUGAUUCAGAGAUUGUUUUGUAUGUCUGGACCAAUACAGUCGAGAUGUCUAUGUCCCGCCUCGUUGCCAUGGGAACUACCCCCAUGCCGGGAGCAGCCUCGGGCGUCAUCUAACAGCUGUGAGGGCCCUAUAGGGCUGAAACUUGAAUUGUCCUGAAGUUUCAUAUAGUUCUAUUGCUUUGUAUAAAAGUGCUGCUGCGCGCAUUCCGUGCUUUUGGGUGUGAACUGUGAUGCGGGAGGGGUAACGCCCCAACACACGGGAGAGUCGGGGUGCCACAUCCCACGUUCCCUCCUUCCGAGUGUGAGGGCUCGUUCGCAGCUGAGACAAACGAAAAGGGCAGCCACGAUGACCGGCAGCAUCGAGGAGCUCGAGAGGUUUGACAGUCCGGGGAAAGGGCGAAGUCUCCGCGUGACCAGACCCUUCAAACUGGGGGAGCUCCUGUUUUCCUGCCCGGCGUACUCUUACGUGCUCUCGUUGGAAGAGAGAGGCUGCUACUGUGAGUCCUGCUUCACCAGGAAAAACGGAUUGGCAAAAUGUGGGAAGUGCCACAAGGCCUUCUACUGCAAUGUGAAAUGCCAGAAAGGAGACUGGGCCAUGCACAAGCUGGAAUGCUCAGCAAUGACUGCGUUCGGAGAGAACUGGUGCCCGUCAGAGACAGUGCGCUUGGUGGCCCGGAUCCUCGCCAAGAAGAAAAUGCAGAAAGAAAGAUGUUUGUCUGAGAAGAUCUUGCAAAUAGGAGAGAUGCAAUCACACAUCGAGGAUGUGGAUAACGAGAAACGAGAGAUGAACGAAGCAGACGUUGCCAGACUCCAUCGUUUUUACUCCAAACACUUGGACUUUCCCGACCACAAAGACCUGCUCACGCUUUUCUCCCAGGUCGCCUGUAAUGGUUUCACCAUAGAGGAUGAUGAACUAUCCCACUUGGGUACUGCAGUCUACCCAGAUGUGGCACUGAUUAACCACAGCUGCCUUCCCAGCGUCAUUGUCACAUUUAAGGGGACGUCAGCUGAGAUUCGGGCCGUAAAGAACAUGAAGCCUGGAGAUGAAGUGCUCAUCAGCUACAUAGACCUCCUUUAUCCAACAGAUGACCGCAACAACCGUCUGAGAGAGUCCUAUUAUUUCACCUGUGACUGCCAGGAAUGUAAAAGCAAGUCCAGAGAUAAGACAAAGUUGAAAGUUCGUAAGCAGAGGGACCCCAUUGAGCCGGAGAUCAUCAGCAACAUGGUGCGCUAUGCCAGGAAAGCCAUCAGAGAGUUCCGAGCCUCCAAACACAUAAAACCACCUAGUGAGUUGCUGGAGAUGUGUGAACAGAGCCUGGAGGAGAUGGGCGCCGUCUUCGACGACUCUAAUGUCUACAUGCUCCACAUGAUGUACCAGGCCAUGGGGGUUUGUCUUUACAUGGAAGAUCCAGAAGGAGCGAUCAGAUAUGGCGAGAAGAUCCUCAAGCCUUACAAGCAGCUUUAUCCUCCCUACUCCCUGAAUGUGUCCUCCAUGUACCUGAAGUUGGGCAGACUGUACAUGGGGUGGGAGAAGCACUCGAUGGGGAUUAGCGCUCUCAAGAAGGCAAUGGCCAUUAUGGAAGUCGCUCACGGAAAAGAUCACUACUACGUGACUGAGUUGCGCAACGAGAUGACACAAAAAUGAAGAGGGACGAAAACAUAUGAGGGAACGUGGCUGAUCUCUAAGGACUGCAUAGGAGGAGCAUUACAGAACUGUAGGCACUUUCUACGCUUUGGAACUGGAGCAAAGAUGACAGUGUGUUCAUGUUGUUAUGGACUUGUUUUAUUUAUGGACUUUUGGAGGAUUAAUUUUUACGUCAGUGUUAUAUAUGCAGCAAUUUUAAUUUGUGUGCAGAAUACUUUUGUACCUUGUGGAGCCAGAGUGAAAAGCUGACUUUGUAAAAAUAACUUUGUACUCACGUGUUGAUCAUAAGACAUUUGAGAAGUUAUUUUAACAGACUGUCAAUGAUUUCAUAUUUGUUUUGGCUCGCGCCUAACGCAUCAGCUGGACCCUGUCAUCCAACUGAGUCAAGAUGUUUACAUUUAUGUGUAGGGGGUCAAUGCAACAAAGCUCCCAGUCAGCUGCCUCACCACAAGGGGCCUAUUAAAGCUCCACAACAGAGGGCUCAAUGGAGAACUGUUUGCAUUGCCAUCUUCUGUCACAGCUGUGUGCUCAUGAAUGUCUUCAACAACACACACAGUGUACCGAGGUGAAAGAAAAUUGUUUUACAA